AUGUCUUUCUUCCUCCCCACUGCACCCACUCCGGUUGCACCUCGAGGUUUCGGCAGCGAAGAGGCGCCAGGAGCCACAUCGAAGGCAGACAGCGCGUCUCCAUUUGCAGAGUCGCCAGUGACGGGUACUGACUUUGGCGUUAUGAUAGCUUUGGAGUCAAGCGCUUCCAGUGCGCCAGCUGCCAAUACUGUACAUGCGACGGCUCGGCCAUCCGCCGACACUGCAGGACCCAGCAUCAGUGGACGCCUCUGGCACCACCCGCGUGGGUUGAAGUUCAGGUUCCUGAGUUGUGGACAAUGUAUUGCUCCAGAAUCUGAAGAGCUAUGGGAUGCGAAAUGGAGGAAUAUGAUGUUUCAAUGGUAG